CCGUGGUGAGCAUGGGGGCGCUGGAUGCGGAUUCAGCCAAGGCGCUCACAGACAUGGGCAUCCGAGGAGUCACCUGGGACGACUUUUUAAAGGAGGGCGAGGAGAAGCCAGUGGAGCCAUGCCCGUCCAAGCCAGAGGACAUCUGCACCAUCAUGUACACCUCAGGUGGGUUCAGGUGGUUUGUCAUGUACACCUCAGGCACCACGGGCGAGCCCAAGGGAGUGCUUAUAACGAAUCAUGCCCUUGCCACUGCUGUAGCGGGCACCAAGCGGUUCUGCGAGCUCACCGAAGCGGAUAUCUACAUUUCCUACCUGCCCCUGGCACACAUCUUUGACCGCCUCACCGAAGCGGAUAUCUACAUUUCCUACCUGCCCCUGGCACACAUCUUUGACCGCGUGGCCGAGGAGCUCAUGACCCAUGUCUAUGGCACACAUAUCGUGGCAGAGGAGCUCAUGGCGCUCAAGCCAGCCCCGCCGCACACACUCGCCCUCUUCCUUUUCGCUUCCCUUCUCUCCUCCCCUCCACUGCACUUGUAUGCCCGCCACUCCCCUUAUCCCACCAGGACGCCCUUAAGCCCAACUCUCCUCACACACCCUGCACUCCCUCCCCUGUCCUUUCCCCUUCGCUCCCCCCGCACUUCCACACCCUUCUUUCCAACCCCAUCAGGACGUGAGGAACCUCACAACGACUUGGAGGCCCUCAAGCCCACCUUCUUCUGCGGAGUGCCGCGCAUCUUUGACCGCAUCCACUCGGCCGUCAUCUCUAAGAUUGAGUCCACGGGCGGGCUCACCAAGAUGCUGUUCGACUAUGCCUACAGCAGCAAGCAAGCCAGGCUAACUCAUUUGCCCCCUCUAUUCCCUCUGCCCACUCUAUUUCCCCUCACCAUCCCAGCCGUCAUCUCUAAGAUUGAGUCCACGGGCGGGCUCACCAAGAUGCUGUUCGACUAUGCCUACAGCAGCAAGCAAGCGCGGCUGGCAGCAGGGGUGGGUGGGUGGGUGGGUGGGUGGGUGGCAGCAGGAGUGAAGAUCCGAGAUGCCACUCCCAUUUUUGACUUCCUCGUCUUCAGCAAGAUCAAGGCGCGGCUGGGCGGCAACGUGCGGAUUAUCUGCUCCGGUGCCGCCCCUCUCGCCCCUCACGUGGAGGAGUUUUUGAAGAUCGCCAUGUGCUGCCCCGUGGUGCAGGGGUAUGGUGAGUUUGAGAGCGGUACAGUGCGAUUGAGGGGUACGGUGAGUCCGCCACAUGGUGCAGGGGUAUGGCCUCACGGAGACCAACACGAGCGGCUUCAUCUCGUACGCGGAUCGCAUCGAGCAGGCCACCACUGUUGGGCCGCCCAUGCGCAGCCAUCUCACUCCUAUGCCCCUCACAACCCUUUCCUCUGCCGCCGCUUCUCUUUAACACCCCCAGGUCUAACCGAGACCAACACGAGCGGCUUCAUCUCGUAUGCGGAUCGCAUAGAGCAGGCCGGCACGGUGGGCCCGCCCAUGCCCACGCUCGAAACCCGCCUCGAAUCCAUCCCGGAAAUGAACUACGAUGCUAUCGGCAGCACCAAGCAGGAAGGCGAAUCAGGAGAGGCGCAGGUGCACCCCCCCCGUGGGGAGGUGUGCAUUCGCGGGCCGAUUCUCUUCUCGGGGUAUUACAAGCGGGAGGAUCUGACGAAAGAGGCGGUGGAUGCGGAGGGGUGGUUCCACACGGGUGAUAUUGGCGAGUGGCAGGCGGAUGGAUCAAUGAAAAUCAUUGAUCGGAAGAAGAACAUCUUUAAACUCGCGCAGGGCGAGUAUGUGGCUGUGGAGAACCUCGAGAACGUGUUUGGCAACUGCACGGCUUUGGAUAUGUCCUCCAAGCUGGCUCAAGGGGAGUAUGUGGCUGUGGAGAAGCUCGAGAACAUGUUUGGCAACUGCACGGCUCUUGACAUGUCCUCCAAGCUGGCUCAAGGGGAGUAUGUGGCUGUGGAGAAGCUCGAGAACAUGUUUGGCAACUGCACGGCUCUUGACAUGUCCUCCAAGCUGGCUCAAGGGGAGUAUGUGGCUGUGGAGAAGCUCGAGAACAUGUUUGGCAACUGCACGGCUCUUGACAUGUCCUCCAAGCUGGCUCAAGGGGAGUAUGUGGCUGUGGAGAAGCUCGAGAACAUGUUUGGCAACUGCACGGCUCUUGACAUGUCCUCCAAGCUGGCUCAAGGGGAGUAUGUGGCUGUGGAGAAGCUCGAGAACAUGUUUGGCAACUGCACGGCUCUUGACAUGGUGUGGGUGUAUGGCAACAGCUUUGAAGCAGUGCUGGUGGCGGUGGUGGUGCCAAACAAGCCAACGCUGUUGGAGUGGGCCAAGGGGGCGGGUGUGGAGGGGGAUUAUGCUGCCGUGUGCGCCACUGAGGAGGCAAAGAAAUUUAUUCUCGGGCAGCUGACCGACACGGGCAAGAAGGGCAAGCUGAAGGGAUUCGAGAUGGUGAAGGCGGUGCAUCUGGACUCCCAGCCGUUUGACAUGGAGAGGGAUCUGCUCACACCCACGUUCAAGAAGAAGCGGGCCGCAGCUGCUUAA